GCGUGUUUUCCCAGGGAUGCCGGCCCGGGCACUGCUUCUUGACCACCGUCGAGACAAAUCUCCACGGACUCGGAGGAAUAUAUUUUGGGUCUUUGCGUGCAACUGAGCGCACAGAAAUAAACCUGGGCUGUAACGGGAAAGAAGGGGUUGGCCGUAUGGGGCCAUCCACAGACAUGUCACAGCGCCCCAUGUGGUCAGCCCCAUGCCCGGGAGCCCCCAGGCUAGAGGCUUUGCUGCCUCUUGGGUCUCGGUGCCCCAGGGCUUCCUAGGGUAGCGGAAGCGGCUUCCAGCUUCUUGGCAAAGAAAGUCUGACCUUGGCAAAGAAAGGUCUUAGCGGACUCAAGGUCGUGGAGAGGCAGCAUGGCCCCAGCCACGGGGUUGGGCAGGGGUGCUAAGAGCACCAGGAACUCCCCCCAGCUGUGAAGCAGGUCAUGUAUGGCAAAGAUUUGCAGAGGAGCAAAAGGUGGGCUCAGAGAGGCUGAGUCACUCGUCAGACACAGCACAGCACCAGACCGGGGCUCCGACCCAGGUCGCUUAAACCACGGCUCCCUCCUGUGCCCAUCUGACCUGCCCCUUGAGGGCAGCAGGAAGAUCUGGGCUCCCCUGGCCUGAGCCCCCGGGCCUGCCUCCCCUCGUCCGUGCUGGGAUGUGUCCAUUCCCAAUCGCAUGUGCUCUGUCCCCUGGCCCUGGGCUGUCAUGUCAGGCUCCAGGCUCCCUGCAGGUGAGCCCAACGCCCACCAGUGCACCUCCAAGCCCUGAGCAUCUGGUCCCUGUGCCCGAGUGUCCUCAUCCUAACUGUCUUCUUGAGGCAGCCCCAGGACUGAGGUUCUGGAACCCCGCUUCUUCAAAGCUCCCUGCACCAAACCCAGUGAGGCUUUCCCCUGUAGCCUCAUGACAAGUGUGGUGGGCUGAGUGGUGGCCCCGAAAGCUGUCUGUCGUCCUGCUGCCUCAAAGGUGACCUUAUUCCAAUGAAAGUUCUUGGCAGAUGGAAACAAAAAUUCACGGGGUUGGAUUUGUAAAAAUCCACGCACCCUGGAAUGUGCUGUGCCGAGAGGCCGAGUUUUUGAAACUGAAGAUGCCAACAAAGAAGCUAUAUCAUAUCAGCGAGACUCGCGGCCUCCUCAAGAAGAUCAACUCUGUGCUCCAGAAGAUCACAGACCCCAUCCAGCCCAAGGUGGCAGAGCACAGGCCCCAGACCACCAAGAGGCUCUCCUACCCCUUCUCCCGGGAGAAGCAGCAUCUAUUUGACCUGUCUGACAAGGAUUCCUUUUUCGACAGCAAAACCCGGAGCACAAUAGUCUAUGAAAUCCUGAAGAGAACAACGUGUACCAAGGCCAAGUACAGCAUGGGGCAAGGAGAGGGAAGAAAGAAGGACUCUGCCCUUUUAAAUAAGAGGCGCAAGUGUGAUAGAUACGGCAUCACGAGCCUGCUGGCCAAUGGUGUCUACUCGGCGGCCUACCCCCUGCACGAUGGAGACUAUGAAGGGGAUAACGUGGAGUUCAAUGACAGGAAGCUCCUGUAUGAAGAGUGGGCGAGUUACGGGGUCUUCUACAAGUACCAGCCCAUCGACCUGGUCAGAAAGUACUUUGGGGAGAAGAUUGGCCUGUACUUCGCCUGGCUGGGCGUCUACACCCAGAUGCUCAUCCCAGCCUCCGUGGUCGGUAUCAUCGUUUUCCUCUAUGGAUGGGCCACUGUCGAUGACAACAUCCCCAGCAUGGAAAUGUGCGACCAGAGACACAACAUCACCAUGUGCCCACUCUGCGACAAGACCUGCAGCUACUGGAAGAUGAGCUCUGCAUGCGCCACUGCCCGCGCCAGCCACCUCUUUGACAACCCUGCCACCGUCUUCUUCUCCAUCUUCAUGGCCCUCUGGGCUGCCACCUUCAUGGAGCACUGGAAGCGGAAACAGAUGCGGCUCAAUUACCGCUGGGACCUCACAGGCUUUGAGGAGGAGGAGGAGGCUGUCAAGGACCAUCCCAGAGCUGAAUAUGAAGCCCGAGUUCUGGAGAAGUCUCUUAGGAAAGAAUCCAAAAACAAAGAGACGGACAAGGUGAAGCUGACCUGGAGAGACCGGUUCCCUGCCUACUUCACCAAUUUGGUCUCUAUCAUCUUCAUGAUCGCCGUGACCUUCGCCAUCGUCCUCGGCGUCAUCAUCUACAGAAUCUCCACAGCCGCUGCCUUAGCCAUGAACUCCUCCCCGUCCGUGCGGUCCAACAUCCGGGUCACGGUCACAGCCACCGCGGUCAUCAUCAACCUGGUGGUCAUCAUCCUCCUGGACGAGGUGUACGGCUGCAUAGCCAGAUGGCUCACCAAGAUAGAGGUUCCAAAGACAGAGAAGAGCUUUGAGGAGAGGCUGAUCUUCAAGGCUUUCCUGCUCAAGUUCGUCAACUCCUACACCCCCAUCUUCUACGUGGCUUUCUUCAAAGGCCGGUUUGUUGGACGCCCGGGCGACUAUGUGUACAUUUUCCGAUCUUUCCGGAUGGAGGAGUGCGCCCCGGGGGGCUGCCUGAUGGAGCUCUGCAUCCAGCUCAGCAUCAUCAUGCUGGGGAAGCAGCUGAUCCAGAACAACCUGUUUGAGAUCGGCAUCCCGAAAAUGAAGAAAUUCAUCCGAUAUCUGAGGCUGAAGCACCAGAGCCCCGCGGACCACGACGAGCACGUGAAGAAGAAGCAGCGGUACGAGGUGGACUAUACGCUGGAGCCCUUCGCUGGCCUCACCCCGGAGUACAUGGAGAUGAUCAUCCAGUUCGGCUUUGUCACCCUGUUUGUCGCAUCCUUCCCACUGGCUCCGCUCUUCGCACUCCUGAACAACAUCAUUGAGAUCCGCCUGGACGCCAAGAAGUUUGUCACCGAGCUCCGAAGGCCGGUGGCCGUCAGAGCCAAGGACAUCGGAAUCUGGUACAAUAUCCUCAGAGGCGUCGGGAAGCUUGCCGUCAUUAUCAACGCGUUUGUGAUCUCCUUCACGUCCGACUUCAUCCCUCGCCUGGUAUACCUCUACAUGUACAGCGAGACGGGGACCAUGCACGGCUUCGUCAACCACACCCUCUCUUCCUUCAACGUCAGUGACUUCCAGAACGGCACGGCUCCCAGCGACCCCCUGGACCUGGGCUACGAAGUGCAAAUCUGCAGGUACAAGGACUACCGGGAGCCGCCGUGGUCGGAACACAAGUACGACAUCUCCAAGGACUUCUGGGCCGUCCUGGCCGCCCGGCUGGCCUUUGUCAUCGUCUUCCAGAACCUGGUCAUGUUCAUGAGCGACUUUGUGGACUGGGUCAUCCCCGACAUCCCCAAGGACAUCAGCCAGCAGAUCCACAAAGAGAAGGUGCUCAUGGUGGAGCUGUUCAUGCGAGAGGAGCAGGGCAAGCAGCAGCUGCUCGACACGUGGAUGGAGAAGGACCGGAAGAAGGCGGAGCCCUGCAGCAACCACGGCCCCGCCCCCGCCGCCCCGCCCCCGCCCCCGGGCGGCCCCGACUGCCCCGCAGGCGCCCUGUAGCCGCUGGGCCGCCGCGGCGCGCGCACUCUCUCCUUCCCUGGCAGGCGGCUUCUCACACCCACCUGGCCCGGGGGCUCCUGGGUUUGUGGCAAACCUGGAAAACCGCCUUCUAGUAGGACAGCGUUUCUCCAUCUUUUUCUACUUUGUUUCGUUUUCUCUUGUUUUUGCACAAAACCAUUAUGCAGGGAAUCCUGUUCUGUUUAGUGUUCAGCGUUAAUCAAAAUGAUUGCUGGGGCAGGGUGGCAUGCAGCAGAUGCAGGUGUUUUGUGGAUGCGAUGCUUGCAGUCGGGGGUCUCCUUGGCAGUUGGGGAGGUGAGCCCCCAAAAGUCAUCUCUUUAAACCCUCCAGAUGCCGUUAAGAAAGGUGAGGUGGAAUUCCAAGGCAUGGGGCAAAAGCUGGUGAGAGAUUUGAGAGCAGAGAAAUGGAUGAGGGAUAAACGAUAUUGACACCCGUUCCAAACGACGUCACCUGUCUCUAGGUGGAGAAAGUGAGAUUGUUUCAUCACCUUUUCCUUCCACGGGUUCAGACACCGAGGCACUGCUCAAAAUGAGAGGUGCCCUGGCUGUGUCACUCAGACAGCCCGGGAGCCCCAAAUUUACUCUUAGGGGAACUAGCAGGGUGCGGGUGUUCUGCAUGAGCAGUGACAGGCACCUCUGGUGUCCCCCCUGUCAGCCGUGCACCUCCCCCCACCACACCGAAAGAGAAAGCGAUAGUUGCUCGGUUGGUGUCUGACUCUGAGACCCCAUGAACAGUAGCCCACCAGACUCCUCUGUCCAUGGAAUUCUCCAGGCAAGAAUACUGGAGUGGGUUGCCAUUCCCUUCUUCAGGGGAUCUUCCCGACCUGGGGUUCGAACCUGGGUCUCCUGCAUGGCAGGUGGAUUCUUUACCGCCUGAGCCACCAGAAAGGCCGGCGGGGUGACAGAAGAAGGAGCGGUGAGGGGUUCUGACCUCGGAGGUGUUUCUGCAGACAGCUGCAGGGCUUCCAGAUGUCUUAAGGCUUCCAGGGGUACUUUUGCAGCUUCAGCAUAUUUAUUGGGUUGUUGGUUUUUUUUUUAAUCAGUUCUACAGUGGAUGUAAGGGUUUUUUCCUCUGUAGCUCAAAGGUGGAAGGCAUUCAUUUUAUUAGCUAACCAAAUAUCAUUGAGAGGAAUUUAAACUACUGUUACUACCAAAGAUUUUUAUUAAUAAAGGCUUCUAUUUUGGUAACACUUCUCUAUAUUUUUACUUACAGGAAUGUUACUGUUGGAAAUUUUCAUUUUAAAAAACUUGUAAAAACAAACCUCAUAAGCUGAUAGGAAUGGUCUCAACUUGCAGCCCCAUUAUACUAACUGAUGAUCUGAAGUUUCUCAAGCAUGCAGAGAAAUGUAAGAGAAAUGUUCCAGUAAAGGGAGGGGCGAAAACACGAACAUGCUUGUCUUGAACGUGUGGUUGGUGAGCGCGGACAUUUCCCAUCAGCUGUCGAUUAGGAGGGACGUCCGCAGGUGUCAUAGCUUUUUGUUAUUUGCUAAAAUCAUGCCAUCUGAUGCUUCUGCUUUCUCUUGUACAGUAAGUAGUUUGAAAUGGGGUUUUUGUAUAUAAACAUUGUAUUAAAGAUGAGGUGAUUACCGAAUAUCC